AUGGCCGAUCAGCCUUCCCAUCCAUCCUCUUCACCCUCAUCACCCUCACAAGCCCAAAUCAUUGCAAGAGUGGCGGCAUUCCUCGCAGCAAGCCACCGUCUCGCUGCCCAACCAAAACCCAUCCCUCGAAUCACCGGAAAACCUCGGAAAAAGCUUGUAGCAGUCGAACCACUCCGCAUUAGAGAGGGGCAGAGCACGAAGAGUGCCCCACUCCCAACACUGUCUUCUGAAAAAUCCUAUGAGGGACCCAUCAGGGUUGCUUUGGAGGAAGUGGUGGCGAAGAAGCAGCCUGAAAUGGCUGAGGAGAAAAAGAAGAAGAAGAAGAAGAUCAAGGAAAAGAGGGCUAAAGGAGAUGAGGAAACCCAUCCAAUCAAGAAGAAAGAAAGAAGAACGAGUGAGAAGAGGGAACGCAGGCGGGAGGAGAAGCACCUGAAGAAGAAGGAAAAGAAGAGAAAGAGGGCUGAGAGCCCAGAAAUCGAUGGAGAAUCCACUCCGCAAGGGUGGAUAAGGGGGAAUCAGCACAACAAAAAGAAUCAAUGCAACCUGAGGAGGAAACAACACUAA